AUGAGCAGAUUGAACGCAAAUGCCAAGCCAUUCUUCCCAGGUGCACAAACAGCACGACAAGUGUCCAAUCAGCCGUUAGAUAGCACAAGGGAAGAGAGGUCAUUAUUCAUGACCUUCUCAAUUGGGUCGCCCCUAGUGUGGAGAGAAAUCAGCCAGCAUUUCAAAAAUGAGUACGGGGAAUGCGUGGAAAAUGUGUAUGUGCACGACGGACAUAGUGUUGGUCGACCGAAUAAAGAAUUCGAGUUCGGAAGGACCCUCUUCACAAAUGCAGAGGUGCCCAAUAUGAUAAUGGGCAAUAAUGAAAAAGUGAAGCUACGGGUUGGGGGCAAGCCUCUUUGGUUGAAGAGAUAUGUCGCUCUAGAUCAACGGCCCAAACAAUAA